CAAUAACUACCUUCAUUCUUUACAUGGACUCCUUGUUUAGAACCCCUGCGCCCUCGAUUGACGGCCAUUCAAUCAAAAACUUAGUCGGGUGAUGGGACAAGCGAGAGACCAUUCAGGAGGUGAAUUGCACUUCUUGAACUUCCUGCACGCUCCUUGGUGCACUCAAAAUGGACGGCGUCAACAAUCAGCGUGGCAACAUCUUGCAAAGAGCUCAAGUAUUAGAGCGAAGCAAUAAGCAGGCUUCUACGUUGCAGUCGCCUGGUAAUGGACCAGUAGCAAAGAGCCUUGUGCAGUGCAACAUCGGCAUCCUCGUGAAGGCUCUCACCGUGGGUUUGCAAGAUACAAAAGAUGUACUCUUAUUUCUAUGGACUCGCUUAUUUGUCAACCCUCUGUGGAGCGUGGAGUUAAUUUCUGCUCUCUGUCCAACAGCAUGAAGGAACGCAUGGUGAUACUGAUGCAAGUUCACCGGGAAGCAUCUUAGUAUUUCACUUAUCUAGUCGUCUGGCGUCAAAGCUAUAAGACAUUCGCUACAUCUUCGAAAAUGCCUCACCUUGCUACUCAAAGAGCACACACCUACCUAUCUCGACUUCGCUCUACCUCACAGGCGUCCGAUAUACAGGAAGUAUGCCCGACAAGAGCUAUGCUCUGCUAUGCCAUCACACUGGUCACGGGAUGGCCAGCGCCGCACCAAUUAGGAGGAUUUCCGCAAAACGGUCAGCUAUUAUUGGGUGUGAUCCACAGCGCCACAGGAAAGCAAGUGGAUUCAUACGGCCGCAGCUGGGACGCUGUAAUCUAAAUUUUCUAAAUUCUUGUCAUGCUUGAUCGUUUCUUUUCGUGACGUAUGAAUUUCACUCACAACUUAGAGGAGUGAACUUGGGUAUAGAGUUAUGAUAACAAACCAGGGACUCAUCAGCAAAGCAGUCCCAUACUAAGGAGCGCGAAUCAUCAUCAUACUGCAGGCUCCACCUUUCCUUGUUCAUUUCAUCUUCCGUCAGCAAACCUUUAGUAACUUGCCACUUUCUUCUACAUCUUUUCUUCGCCAGGUGUGCUCAGUGAUGGGGGGCCUCGGAAAUAAUUCGGAGGAGACGAUCUUCUAUUACUGGUUCAAAGAGGUCUAUGCUGCGCAGGCACGUCGAACCAAUUCUCCCGAACCUGGUGAAGAGGAGCUGCAGAGCCUGUGGGCCGAAUUUACGGAGUCCGCGCGAGGGCGGUUAAUCGAGGAGAACUCCGCACCAGGCUUCACCUUGCGCAGCCCGGGACCGCGUACUCUUGAUUUUUAUAGUUGAUUAGAAUACUUUCUUACUUUUCCAAAUUCUUUGUACUUCCACACGUUCGCCUUCAUUCUCAUAGAUAGCAAGGUCUGUAUCUUAUCCGUGUUGUAUUAUAAUAACACCCGAAGCCGCAAUCUCGGGAUGUUGUAUCUCAUUGGCCAUCCCAUCCACAGGUCGUUCCGCGGCUGGGGCGGCCGGCUCGCUUGCAGGGGAAGAUGGAGGAAAGCGUUCUUCUGCAGCGGGCAAACGGAAAAAGAGUCGCAAGCAACGUGGUGCUGCGAGCUCUAGCUCUGACAGCAGCAGCUCUGAGGAGCAAAAGAAGAAGAAGAAAUCGAAAAACAAAAAGAGUCAGAAGGCUAGAAAGCGCAAAGCGAAGCAGAGUUCCUCAGAUGAUUCCAGCUCAGACGAUGGCACAGUUUAGAUUUUUAUUUCAGAAAGUUCCUUUCUGUGCCGUUAUUUGUUUUCGAUCUUGGACUGCGUUCACUUUGAAUACCUCCAAAUCUUAUCAUCAUUUUGAUUUUCAUCAAACUCUUACCAAACAGACUCGAGCCCAAGCGAAAUGGACAGAGCGCCGAGGGGCAAAAAGCAGGCGCCAAUGAAGACCAAGGCCACCAACAAGAAGUCUGAGAAGGAGACGAGCAAGACGGCAGACAGAUCCCGCACUACCAUAAUACAAAUCGAUGAAAUUUAGGCUGUGUAAUAGAAGCCACGAAUUAGGUCUACAACAUGCUUGUACAGCAAUCUACUACUUGUACUCUGAUGCUCUUGGAGCACCUUGACUUCUUCCACUCGGUAACUUCACGGCAGUGCUCCUCUUUCUUCAUCCAGUCAGGAUCCUUAUAAUUAUCUCAACUACGUCCAGGUGCAGCAGGCAAGCAUCGCCACCAGAGCAGAAAGGGCAGUUCCAAUGGUGCGAAGGCUUCCCGUCGAAGUUCUGCUGCGAGCAGAGGUAGCGCUAAGCGGUCUUCUACCUGCGGUAGGCGGAAGAGCGCUGACAACACCAAGGCCCCGAAGACCAGCGCCAAGAAGCCGAACGACAAGGGAAAGAAGGGUCGAACCAACAAGGCUACCAACAAGAAGGCCGCUGGCCGCCACUCCUCGUCCGACGGGUCUACCUCUGGUUCCGAGAGCGAAGAUUCCAGCCCGGAUGACCGCAGGAAGAAGUCUCGCCGCACAGGUCUAGGUGCGUCGAAGACUGGCGGCAAGGCGACUACCAGAGCUUCAUCUUCAUCUGCGAAGCCGUCGUCUUCGAAACGCAAGGCCUACCGUGCUGAUGAAGGGCCGAGCGACUCAGAGCCGCCUCUCCCGCCACAGGGCAAGAAGACGGCGGCAGGUGGCACCGACAAGAACACCAAGAACAAGAAAGGUGGAGCAAGCAAACGCACUGGUGCAGCUCGCCAAGAGGAUGGCAUGGACACGAGCACUGACCACGUCGAGAACCUCUCCACCAUCAUCGACACGUCCACUGAGGAACCGGACGACACCGUCAGCGUCGAUCAAGUGGAUAGCGGCACGUCCUCAGUGGAUGAAGACGAUGAUGACGAGUCGGAGGCGCAUGACUCGGAAGUCACUCCGUCUGGCGAUCGUGAAGAAGAUCAGGAGGACGAUCUUCUGGCGAGUGACUAAGUGGUGGAGGAGUAUGCAGCUAGCUGUAGUGCUAGCUGCGUCGGGAGGAGUAGUGUGAGGACAACUGGUCCCAUCACCCCGCAUUCUCCAGCAGGAGGCUGGACAUGCGUCUCGGUGUGCUGAGGUGACAGCCACCGUGCUGAUGCAUUCACUGCCAAUGUUUUUUUAGAAGCAGACGUUGCUGUGAGUCGAGUGGUGUAAUCCAUAGGCUCGCCAGCACCUGCUGCAGUGGGUGUAUCAGCAUCGCUAGUGCAUCUACUCGUCGGAAUUGUUGACGAAGUUGGUGAGUGGUGUACUAGCGUACAUGUUCACAGCGCCACACAAGACGAACUGUACAGAUUCAUGAUACUCCCAUCAGUUUUUUUCGAGGAGUUCCAUAGACCUGUGAAAGUUGACGUUUUUUUUGUAAAUGUGCAUACAACUUUCGCCGAAAUACAUAAUGAG